UUGUUGCUCAAGAAUUUGAAGGAUUAAUAGAUCAUAUAUAUAUAUAUAUCUCUCGAUAUCUUUUCUUACUGCAUCACAAUGGAAUUUCCAGAAACUGGCAAACACUGCGCGAUGAAGGACUGCAAAUUGUUGGACUUUUUGCCAUUUGUGUGCGAGCAUUGUCAGGCCACUUUCUGUAAAGAGCACUUUCAUAUGAUGUCACACGAAUGUUUAAAACAGGAGACUGCAAAAUGUGCUGUAGAAAAACCAGUAAACUUUUUAUGCUCCAAAGAGUCUUGCAAAGAAACAUCGCUAAUUGAGAUGCCAUGUGUCAAAUGUAAACAGCAUUUUUGUGUAACGCAUAGACAUCAUGGAUGCUUAGAGUUGAGUGAAUCAGAGAAAACUCAGAAAUUGAAAAAGUGGCAAAUACCUAAGAAACAAUUUGCAGAAGCUAAAGCUGUUGUAGAUAAACAAAUUGAAGACAGCUUGAGAAAAUCUAAGAAUACAGCAAUGGCAAAUAAGGUGCAACUCAUGCGUGUAAAAGGUUCCGCAAUUGGUCCGAAAAAUGUACCAACGAGCGAAAGAUGUUACUUCCUUGCGCAUUUACCACUCACAGUUAAAAAUAAACACAUAGGCACAUCUAAAGGUGUCUUUGUCAACAUGCAGUGGACGAUUGGUAAAUGUAUAGAUUCAAUGGCAGAUACGCUUAAAGUUCCCUAUACUAAUAAUACUAAUUCAACCAUUAUGAAUAAACUGCAACUUUUUCAUCAUUCUAACGGAGCUCUAAUAUAUGAUGAAAUGGAUACCCCUUUAAUAAAAUUAUUUGAAAAUUCUACUAUUGUUGAUGGACAGCGAGUCAUUCUGGAAUAUUCUAAUAAUGUACCUAUUGACACAUCCUUGUACAAAUAGGUGUUGAUUAUUUUGUCGUAAUAAAGUUUCUUAUACACAA